AUGGAAUUUACUGAGCGCCGCGAGGAAACAAAAAAUGACUAUUUUCAAUUGAACGUAUCUGGAAAAAUUAUGAAUUUUCGAUUAUCCAACCAAUAUCAAGAUCCUGAGGCUUAUUGUCACCCGAGUAACAAAGAAUCAACUAUGGAACCUAUUCAUAAUUACUUUCUCGAUUUCUUCGGCGAUACUGUAGAGUAUCAAUAUGUGGGACAUUACAAGGAAUUCAUUCCACAUCUUCCAAAAGUAUCAUUGUGUCUUUCUUUUUGGGCUGAUAACGUAGAAGGAACUAUAGACAUCAAAGACAUUGAAGAAUAUCUUGCCUCGUCUCCUGUUUUGAAACAUAUAAGUAUGGAGUUGGUUAAACCAGAGCUAUUCUGUCCGGAGUCCGAAUUCUGGCAGUUCGAAUUCGGAGUGGAGCUCGUUGUUGAAGUCACAAAGGAAAACGAGAAUGAUUUGCUCCGGCAAGAGAAGGAUGUCAUCGAGAAAAUGAUAUUCAAGUUCGACGACAUUGUAGACUUUGCAUAUAUCACCGAAGAAGACAAAAAGAAUCAGUUCGUCAGCAAAUUCGCUACCGAUCGCCAAUACCACGGAGACGUUGUGAAUGAAAACGAAGAACUUCAGGCGUGGAACGGAGGAGACGACGAAGAAGGUAUCGGAGAGUCGAUUGAAGAUGAUGUCGAUAGUGGACCUCAAAGCUCGCGACGUAAUAAUCAUAAUAAUGGAGCCUCUGGGUGGUCAGUUAAUGAGAUGUUUGCCGUGAAUGAGAAGUUAAAGGUGGUGUCAACAUUUAAGGAAGAUAUGACCCAAUACACAACAGUUGAUGCUGUAGGUACAGAAGAAGAUCGAGCUCGAGCAGAACGAAUUGCUCGGGAAAUCGAGUCCAACACAUCCUCGAAGUUCAUGGCGAACCUUGAAAAUGACGACGAUGAAAGGGAUUUGGACAAGUCUACACGUCAAGACGAGUUCGAGAAUGGAAACCAGAGAGGUAACAAAAGAAACAUCUACAAUCAGGCACCACAGCAACGGCGGAAUCCGAACAUCACACCGAAUGGACAACCUAUUAACCGGCGAGCAGAAGGAUUGCGUGGAGAUCGUCGCAAUAGCAGUGGUUCUUCAGCAAAUAACAGUCGUUACGGUGCACAAGCUUCAACACAGAACUACCAGCCACCCCAACAGCAAGGGCAGAAGAGUGGAAGUCACAACAACCGGCGUCAAAACGACGACUACCGCGAGAACGACUGGCAGAUGGCCAAGGGGAAGGGUCAGAACCAGGGACAGGAUCAUUCGUUCCGUCAACAACAGAAGCAGAUGUUGGAUCCAAGACCUAGCGCCAAGCAACCGGAAGGUGAGAAGGGGCAAGGUGCUGGAUCUCGUGUUACGGAGCUGAAAAACUGGGGCAAUGAAUUCUCGAUUGCUACUUCCCCAAAAGAGCAAUCUCCAGCUCCAGGAUCUACUCCGCCAGUGUCUCAAGGAAACUCGGGUAGCGCUUGGAACCGUGGUCCACCAAGUUCUCUAGUCACCAAGGGAGCAUCAACAGCGACUCCGACGUCUGCAGAGAAAGAAAUCGUUGAAAAACCAUUUCCACAGACGAAAGAAGAGUUACCAUCGACAAGUGCCGAAGGACAGACGGAGACAGAUGGAAGACCUGACGAAACAGACAAUGUAUCCGUUACUGGUCGCUCUGAAACUUCAUCAGUCUCGAAAUCACAGUUUUUCAAGUUCAACAUAAAUGCUCCAGAAUUCAAGCCACGUGCAGCACCGUCCACCCCUACCCCAAGUACUCCAACUGGACCAGGUCCACAAGGUGUCGCUCCGGUCCAGCAACAGCAAUUCAUCACUCAAGAAUAUCAACAACAUCCAGGUUUGAUCCCUCAAGGACCUCCACCAGGACAGCAAAUGAACAUGCAAGGAGGAAUGAUGCCACACGUGCCACCAGGCGGUGUUCCUCAUAACCAAGGACAAGCAAUCAUGAUGUGGCCACAAGGUCAACAAGGAUAUCAACAGAAUCAGCAGUUUGUUCAGGUUCCAGGAGUUCCAGGACCAAUAUAUGGAUCUGUAUCCACGGCUCCUAUGCAAGUGAACCAACAAGGUGCUCAGAAUCAACAGAUGCCACCAAAUACGGGAGCUGGUGCUCAGAAUGAUGGCAGACAAGGAAACCAGCAAGCACGACGCGGAGACGGAGAAUUCCGUGAGCCACAGCCACUGUUCUAUCCACAGUAUAGCCAGGCAGGACAAAUGAUGCCAGUUCCACAGCAAUUCUACCAAUACCAAGGAGGCGCGCCACAGCAACAGUAUCAGAUGAAGGUUGUGCCACAAAUGCAGCAAGCACCACAAGGCCAAUAUCAGCAAAGAUAUCAACAAAAUCCAGCCUACAUGGGAGGACAACAAAGGUAUCAAGGCCCUCCUCCACAACAGGCACAUCAGUUCGCUGGCGAGCACGGUGGACCACAAUCGCAUCCAAAUAGUCAACCAAAUACACCAGGGCCACGUGGAGAGAUGAAUGGACAGAAGAUGCAGCCACAAGGACAACCAACACAACCACAGAACAAUAACAAUGGAGUACAACGCGAACCAGAAGCUGGAAGCAGCGCCAGUAUCAGCGGAUCUGCUAGUUCCCAAUCUGGACAACGAAGUGGAUCUCCACAGACCAACAAUACUGGUGGUCCACCGCAACAACAGCAACAGCAUCCACAACAACAACAGCAACAACAACAACCACCACCACAGCAUCAACAAGGGCCUCAUGGAGGACAUGGAGUACAACAACAUGGAGUUCUACCACCACACAUGCAGCAACCUCAGAUGCCAGCAGUGUACUACGGUAUGAUGCCAGUGCCACAGAUGCAGCAAAUGCCUAAUCAACAUGUUCAACCAAGCUUGAUGGGAGAACGUGCCGAUACAGGAUAUUCGCAGAAUAGCUUUUUCGAUUACCGUACGAUGCCCAACUUCCAGCAACAGCAACAACAGCACCAAAUGCAUGGAGGACACAUGCCUCCUCGCCAAAACUCCAUUCCGCAACAGUUUGGCGGAAAUCAAGGUGUAAAUCCCUCCUCCCAACAAGCUCCACCUCCUGCUCCACAACUACAGCAGCAGGGUGGUCCACCACCACCAAGGGAGCAGCAACCACCACCCCAACAUCAGCCUCAAAGUCCACAGUAA